GGACUACCAGAUCAUCAGUCGGUGAAACAACUGGAGCACCAAGCAGUGAGGUGACACCAUCUGAAGGCAAGCCAGGUGUGACCAGAGAGCCUGUUUCAACUACCACUAGGACUGGCAGUAGAAGCACAGCAAAGCUAUUAUUCCGUGGCUACAGCACAGCUGGGAAGCCAGCAGGAACAACUGGAGGAGAAAAUGCAGCCACCACUGAAGCCGCUGGUGAAAACACUCCUGGAGCAUCAGGCAAAACUGAAGUAUCACCUGGCAGAACCCCUGGAUCUGGAACCCCUGGGGAAACAGGCACUGGAGCUACAAGUUCUGCACAGUCAGGGACUUCAGGAGUCUCUGCAGCUUCCACCACCACCAGCCCUGGGAGUGAGGGCAUCAGUGGCACCUCAGUUACACUGGCCACAACCACCAGAAGCCAGGCAGGUGGGACUGGAGAGCCUGUUGCAACUACAACUGGGACUGGCAGUAGAAGCACAAGACCAUCAUUGUUUGCUGGCUCCAGCACAGCUGCAAACCCAGCAGCCACACCUGGGGUAUCACCUGGAGUAACCCGUGGUACUGGAGCUAGUGGCUCCCCUGGGAAACCGGUUGCUGGAACCACGAGUCCUGGGAAGUCAGGUUCCACCACCACCCCUGGGAGUGAGAACACACAAGGACCUUCAGCUACCCCAGCCACAACCUCAGGCAACAAAGCAGAAUCCAGUUUCUCACCAAGUUUAGUAAAUUGCUCCGAGAGUGUUUCUGUGAACAAUUACUAUCCUUUCUCCAUGCCAUUAGGCACCACUGGCACAUCAGCUGGCAUAACAAGUGGACGUGAGAGCUCUCCUGGAUUACCUGGGACCACUGCUUCUGGGAAUGAAGCAGGCAAAACUGGGGUGUCACCUGGUAGAACUGCUGGAUCUGGAAGUAGCAGCACCCCUGGGGAAGCAAACACUGGAGCUCCAAGUUCUGCACAAUCAGGUCCUACUGGAGCUGUUCCUGGCUCAACAAUUGCACCAGGAAGUUCUACCACCAAGCCAACAAAACAACCUGAAAUACCAGAGGCCACCACUUCCACAGAAGGGAGAGGCAGCACUGGAAGUGAAUCUAAAACAGGUACCACUGGGGUAGCUCCUGGCACAACUGUUGCUCCUGGAAGUUCCAACACAGAGGCUACAACUUCCCCAGGAGAAAGUAAAACAAGAGGUGGACUAGCCACAGGUACUACUGGUGUAGUCUCUGGAAAGACUCUUGAACCUGGAAGGUACAACACAGAGACCACAACUUCCAUAGAAAGCAGUGGAACUACCCAAGCACAACUGCCAGGAGGCACCACUGGUGUGACCUCAAGCACAACUGUUGCACCUGGAAGUUCAAGUCCAGAGGCUACCACUUCUGUUGGAGGCACUGGAACCACAAGAACUGGCACAAAUACAGGUACUACUGGAGUGGUCCCUGGGAGCACCAUCUCACCUGAAAAUACUAACACAGGCACCACUGGAGUAGUCUCUAGUACAACAGUUGCAACUGGAAGUUCUAACACAGUUACCACUGGGGUAACCCCUGGCACAGCCAUUGCACCUGGGAUUUCCAGCACAAAGGCUACAACUUCUACAGAAGUGAAGACUAAUACUGGAACUGGAACGGCAACUGGAGUUCCCACUGAAGCACCAGGGAGCCAAGUCACUGGAAGUAAAACAGAGGCUACAACUUCAGGACUAAGCAGUACCACCACCAAAAGUGGAAUACAAACAGGUACGCCUGGGACAGGAUCUGGUACUACAGCCUCAACUGGAAGUUUCAGAACAGGUACUACCCAAGGAUCACUAGGAGUGACCAGUAGCCAAGAAGGUACCACUGUUAUGCCUGGAAGUUCCACUGCAGGUACCAACAAGGAAGCAUCUAAAACAACCACGGCUCCUGGAAUUUCUGCCACAGGCUUUACUUCGGUGUUACCAGUGACGACCCCAGAAGCAUUCUAUCCAGGAAAUCUCUUAGAUAUUCUCUAUCUCUUUGCACAAAGUCAUAUCAUCCAAAGUAAGAAUAUUUGCAAAACUACGCCUGUCAAUGUGACUGUUAAGUUCAAUGGUUGCAAGAAAAAAGUUGAGAUGGCAAGAUGUGCAGGGGAUUGCAAGACGAUUAUCAAGUACAAUUAUGACAUCUUUCAGCUGGAAAAUUCAUGCGUUUGCUGCCACGAUGAAAAGUACGAAUACAGAGAAAUUGUUCUUGAUUGCCCUGAUGGCAAGAAAAAAUCCUACCAAUACAGGCACAUCACAGCGUGCUCUUGCAUAGACAAGUGCCAACAAUCUAUGACUAAAGCGAGUUAA